AUGCUGUUUGUCUGUGGGAUUUGUUACGAUCUCUACAGAUCAGAAUUACCUCCUGGACUAGGUCAGCCUCUAAAGCUUCGUGUACUUCACUCACUGGUCGUUACAGCAUUUAUUCUGGGAAAGAUUUUGGAGAAGCUGAAUAUCUGCAGCGAUUUGAGAGUACUCAGAUUGCUUCUAGAGGGACUACCAGCAUGGAAGGAUUCAAAUCUCCUCAUCAAAGACGUACAGUGGGAUGAGGUGCCAGUGCGGAUUUACCAGCCAAAACCAAUAUCUGCCAGCAAAAGGAAGGGAAUCCUGUAUUUUCAUGGAGGCGCCGGCACGACAGCCAGCAUUAAUUCAUUUGAACGGGUGUGUCGCUAUCUUUCCAGAGAAACUAAUUCUGUGGUUGUGUCGGUCGAUUAUCGUUUGGCUCCCGAGCACCCAUAUCCGGGUCAGUACUGGGAUUGUCUCAAUGCUACUGUCUACUUUUUGAAGAAUUUAGAAAGCUAUAACAUAGAUCCAGCGCACAUUAUCAUUUCUGGGGACAGUUGUGGAGCUAAUUUUACUACUGUUAUUUGCCAAAUGCUGGUGAGCAGGAAGGACCUUCCCAAAGUAAAAAUACGCGCACAAGUCUUGAUAUAUCCAGGCUUCCAGGGGCUGGACUUCUACCUGCCAUCCUAUCAACAAAAUCAUUCAAUCCCUAUCUUGUUCAGGGACCGCGUGGUCUAUUUUUGUUUGCGCUACCUUAAUAAGGACACAUCGAUAGUGGAAGAUGUCCUCGAAAACUGCCAUGUUACUAGGGAUAUGCUGCUGAAAUACAGGAAAUGGGUAAGUGCAGAACACAUACCCAAGGAAUUUAAGACCAGAGGCUAUAAACCCCAGGAUCUCACUUUGCAUAAAUUUAAACCGGAAGUUCAUGAAAUAAUGAAGCCGGUUUUGGAAACAAGAUUUUCCCCCCUUUUAGCUGAAGAUGCCAUCAUCUGUCAGCUCCCCGAAACUUUUAUUUUGACCUGUGAAUUUGAUGUCCUGCGAGACGAUGGACUGUUGUACAAGAAGAGAUUAGAGGACAAUGGGAUUCGAGUCACCUGGUACCAUUCUGAGGAUGGUUUCCAUGGAGUUUUACCUGCUUUUGGCUAUGGGAUUUUUGCCUUUCCAGCUGCCAAAAAGAUGAUGGAUACUAUUGUGAGCUAUAUAAAUGCGUUAUGA